GGGCGAUAGAGCGCUCUGAUCUGCAGGAAAUAACCGACAGCAGAAAUGAAAGUUGCUCAAGUGUACAAAAGGAUAAACUGAACGUUUACUAAUGACUGUUUAAAUGGCGUUUACUUUAACAUUAGUUGUUUUGAUAAUAUAUGAACUGCUCACGGAAUCCAACAGCGUCGAACUAAGUAGGAAAUAUCUGAUGGACGGAGAACGACUGAAGGCUUUUCAGGGAGUACAUGAAAACAAUGAACACUAUCAGAGACGGAUUAAUUUCCAGGACUCACUCAAGAGACAAGCUAUUCUGAAUUCAGCGCUGAAAAAAUCGAACCACUCUGCCCGUUAUGGCAUCAACCAGUUCUCGGACUUAUCUCCGCAGCAGUUCAAAGAGCGCUAUCUCACAGCCCGGGCUGAGACGGCUCCAAAGUUUGAGCCUUAUAGGUCUGGAAUUCAAGUUAAGAUGAAUUAUCCACUCAAGUUUGAUUGGAGGGACCAGGGAGUUGUCGGACCGGUCCGAAACCAGCAGUCGUGUGGAGGAUGCUGGGCCUUCAGUGUGGUGGAGGCCAUUGAAACGGUAUCUGCUAAAAACAGUGGAAAACUACAGCAGCUCAGUGUGCAGCAGGUUAUAGACUGCUCUUAUGAAAACAGUGGCUGUAAUGGUGGAUCUCCUGUUGGAGCUUUGAAUUGGCUGAAACAGACCAAAUUAAAGUUAGUGAAAGAGGCGGAGUACCCCUUCAAAGACAUGGCAGGAAUCUGCCAGUACUUUGCUCAGUCUCACGCUGGAGUGGCAGUGACGAAUUACUCAGCUUAUGACUUCAGUGGACAGGAGAAGGUGAUGAUGAGCGUGCUGGUGGAGUCAGGGCCUCUUGUUGUCAUUGUAGAUGCCAUCAGCUGGCAGGAUUACCUUGGCGGCAUCAUUCAGCACCACUGCUCCAGCCACAACCCCAACCAUGCCGUACUGAUCACCGGUUAUGAUGCCACAGGCGAAGUGCCGUAUUGGAUAGUACGCAAUUCAUGGGGGACCUCAUGGGGUGACAAUGGAUAUGCUUAUAUAAAAAUAGGAAACGACAUGUGUGGAAUCGCGGACAACGUUGCUGCUGUUUUUGUGUAAUUGUCGAUAAUCUUUGUACUUCUGUGAAAAGACCGUGGCAGAUCGACAUUUUAAAAUAUCACCCUCAGGAUGGAAAUCCUCCAGUGCAGCUGAUGAGAAUUGGAAAAAUUCUCACGGGGAUGCGGAUAACAAAUCCUGUUGCCUCUUGAAUGCAAAGCAAGUACGCUGCUAUUUCAGCUAAUACACCACAUUCAUAAUCCCAGCCACUGUAGCCCAAAAUAAUCGGAGACAGAGUCGGAUUUCAUUGGAGUUAUGCAACACACACCAGCUAGAUUUGUCUGUAAGAAUGUUUUAAUCUUUAAAAAAUGUUUGUAAACUAAACACUUAUUGUAUUGUGACAUUGCACUGAUAUAGGAUACACAAGUGAACUAAUCUGAAAAAAAUGUGAAUUUGAAUUAUAUGUAAAUACUGAUUUUUUCUCACAAUUUCGAGUUUACAUCUUGCAAUUCAGACUUUUUUUCUCAGAACUGUGAGAUAUAAAUGCACAAUUGUGAGAUAUAAAGUCAGAAUUGUGAGAUAUAAACUCAUAACUGCAAGUUAUAAAGUCCACUUCUGAUGAGAAAAAAAACAA